CAUCCUGAGGGAGAAAAAAAAAGUGCAGUGAGAGGAAGACAUCCACCUUAGGGAAGGAGAAGAAGGACAAGAAGAAGAGAGGGAGGGAAGGAAGGAGAGGAGCGUCACUCACUUUUCUUUCUGGCAGCCACCAGGAGCCUCACACGCUUUCCUGGCCCGACGGCGCCAACAACAGGACGCUUCUUCUUCUUUUCGACAUUUUCAUUUGAAAUUUCCACUCCACUCCUGAAAAUUUCCCCCAAAUCUCGUGGGGAAAGUGGAGCUUCCAUGCGUUGAACCCCCCAACCAGGCUCGCCUCAUGGAUUUGUACCUGAUUGGAUAUUUGGCGUGCGUGUGGCUGUGCGGCUCGCGGGUGCUCGGAGGCUAUCCCAUCUGGUGGUCGCUGGCCCUGGGGCAGCAGUACUCAUCCUUGGGCUCCCAACCCAUCCUGUGCGGCUCCAUCCCAGGCCUGGUUCCCAAGCAGCUGCGCUUCUGCCGCAACUACAUCGAGAUCAUGCCCAGCGUGGCCGAGGGCGUCAAACUGGGCAUCCAGGAGUGCCAGCACCAGUUCCGCGGGCGGCGGUGGAACUGCACCACCAUCAAGGACAACCUAGCCAUCUUCGGCCCGGUGCUGGAUAAAGCAACCAGAGAGUCGUCGUUUGUCCACGCCAUCGCUUCGGCCGGCGUCGCCUUCGCCGUGACGCGUUCCUGCGCCGAGGGCACGUCCACCAUGUGCGGCUGCGACUCCCAUCACAAGGGACCGCCCGGGGAGGGCUGGAAGUGGGGUGGCUGCAGCGAGGACGCAGAGUUUGGCGUGCUGGUAUCCCGGGAGUUUGCCGACGCCCGGGAAAACCGGCCGGACGCCCGCUCCGCCAUGAACCGGCACAACAACGAAGCGGGACGCACGACCAUCCUGGACCACAUGCAUCUGCGCUGCAAGUGCCACGGCCUGUCGGGGAGCUGCGAGGUGAAGACCUGCUGGUGGGCGCAGCCCGACUUCCGCAUGCUGGGCGACUACCUGAAGGACAAGUACGACAGCGCCUCUGAGAUGGUGGUGGAGAAGCACCGGGAGUCCCGCGGCUGGGUGGAGACCCUGCGCGUCAAGUACGCCUUCUUCAAGCACCCCACUGAGCGCGACCUGGUCUACUAUGAGGGCUCGCCGAAUUUCUGCGAGCCCAACCAGGAGACGGGCUCCUUCGGGACGCGAGACCGCGCCUGCAACGUGUCGUCGCACGGCAUCGAGGGUUGCGACCUGCUGUGCUGCGGCCGCGGGCACAACACCCGGACCGAGAAGCGCAAGGAGAAGUGCCACUGCAUCUUCCACUGGUGCUGUUACGUCAGCUGCCAGGAGUGUGUGCGCGUUUAUGACGUGCACACGUGCAAGUGAACGGGGGGCCCGGACCUUUCAGAUCCCUGCACGGCGUCCCCCUCAUUGCGUACACGGCCCGUCCCUCUCUGCACCCAACCUGGUGGACGCGUCUGACCCUCCCCAAGCUUCACCUCCCCCAUUGUCUUUAUUUAUUUCCCCUCUGUGCCAACCACAUGUACAGUAACACACAAAUGCAGUCAGAACAAACAACACGAAAAUAUUUCCUUUGGAAUUAUUUAAAAAGAAAAAAAAAAAAAAAAAAAAAAAAAACAGACCUCAUGUGUCCGGCCGCUCCGGCUGGUUUUACGAUUACACUACUCACAAAAAGAGAUUCAGCUUUCGGGUGAAAUUUCAGGAUGGUCUUAAAAUUUGAAUUUUUCAAGGCAUGCGUCCAAUUGUUCAAUGUUUCCGAACUUUUGACACAACUUCCUGUUCUUUAACAAAAUUCACAACAGGUGUUUGUCCACAGGUUAUCUACUUCUACACCUUUCUGUGACUCUUCCAGUCUCUCUGUUGCAACCCGUUGAUGACACUCUCUGUCAAUCUAAGCUCGGUGGCAACCUCCGAGGUCGUGUUGAUCAAUCAUUAGGUGUUGUCCUGGUCUCGUCAUGUCAAAACGGGAACAGCCUGAAGGACUGUUUAACUCAUUCACCGCCAACCAUUUUCAAAGCAAAGUUCCCCAUAUUGCCAGCUGUUUGAGAACGUUCUGACUGAUUUGCAAGACCUACUGAAUAUUUAGGUCUGUGACAAUAUAAGCACUGAACUUACCAAAAAGUUUGCUUCUAGCUUUUUCCAUUUUUUUUUUUUUUUGUAGCGAGCAGAAGAACACCAAAAACACUGGUUUCUGACAAACAAGCAGAGCAAACGAGCUUUUUGUGGAAAGAAAUGUCAAGCAGAACAGUGACUCUGACUUUUGUGACACCUCAAACUAUUUAAAAAAAAAAACAAUGUAUUUACAGAUUCACCCCCUAAUCUUUACCUUCUACUCAAAAGCUGCACUGAUUUCAAAUCCAAAGCGAUGCAACGCAGCCAUGUACGGUGGAUCUGUUCGUCAUGACAGUGGCAAACAAACCUGGAUUUCACAAACGAGCUGGCUGAGAGCCUUUUCUGCGACAACCCGUUAAACAAAAACGUGUUAGACGAAUAUCUACGUCGGUGGCAGUAAACAGCUGAAUUCCAGUUGAUGAAUAUAAACGUCCACAGCAGCGAAUGAAUUAAAUACCAAUUCUAAUUGAACCAGCAAAUUUUAAGCACCUGUUGUGAAUUUUGCCGUUCAGCUUCCUUGUUGUUAGUUGGACGUGGACAUUCAAAAGUUUCAGUUCAUCCUGAUGAUUCAACCCAAAGCCGAACAUGCCUAACUUUUUGUGAGUAGUGUAUAACGAUUACUUUUCAAACUAAAUCAACCUCUAAAAAAAAAGGUGACUUGAGCAGGUGGCCCAGGGAAGCGAAAGGCCUCCCCGUGUAAACUACUGAACAGGACUUCGGGUCUUCAUAACUACUGAGCGGACGAGAGACGCUAGCGCGGCCCGAUUUUUACGGCCCCCGCAUUGCUGAAAUAUUAGAACAGGGCCGGACUGCAGGUAUGCAGGAGGGAGCAUGUGUGCGAACAGGCAAGCUCAUUCCACGCGCUGACAAUGUCACAUUUCAGCCAAACAUUGCUAAACUUCACUCUGGAGAUAAUUGGAAGAGGAUUUCUUUUUUUUUUUUUUUUUUUUUUUUCUUCCCCCCAUGGAACUGCUAAGUUUGCGGCUAACGUAGCAGUGCUGAGCAACCAGAGUCGCACACUCAAGUCAAGCUUCAGCACGCUUAGUGUUAAACGUAGAAGCAGAAAUAUGCUCGCGAGCACUCAUCAGCGAUGAUGAUGUGCGAAAAUCACAGUGGGUGUUAAAGGAAAAAAAACAAAAAAAAAAACAACAAUAACUGCUAUUUGUUAAACUUUUGGCUGGCUUAGUGGGAUACGAUCGAUACAGGGUGUAGACAAAGACUCACGUUUAUGACAAAAGCAAUUGAUAUAUUUUUUCAGAUGUGUUAUAUAUACAGCUUUGAAGAAAAGAAAAAAAAAAAAAAAAAAGAAAAAAAAAAGAUCUAGGGUUUUUUGUUUUUUUUUGUACAUGGACAAGUGAAGCGCUUCCGAGUGAGAUAAGCUACGUUUGAAAUGGAGGACGGGUUAUUGAUGUGAUAACUAUCCGGCUAACCUGAAAGACCCUCAUUGUACUUUAAGCAAGUGUUUCCUAACCUUUAUUGAGUCAAGGCACAUAUUUUACAGGAGAAAAGUCUCACAGCACACCACCCCAAAAAAAUAUAGAUAUACAGUGAAACCCUGCUUAUUUGUGGUUUGGCAUUCACAGAUUCAUUUUUUGGGGGAAAACCUAUCCUCCGUUAUUCUCAGUUUUUGUGCUCAGGCCAAAGCACUAAAAAGUAUUGCUUUGCUGCCAUCUUGGUGCCAGCGAACUAUGUUGAAGUGAGUUGAGGUGCUUCUUGUAGUGCUUUGCCGCCAUCUUGUGACAUCUAUAGGCAAUUCGAAACGUUUGUAGGAGUUGCGUCAAUUACUCUCGGAUUUUCGUGGGGUUCACUGUAUCCUGAAAUAAUGACUGUCUUGUCUCAAUUUAUUCUGAAAUUAGUGUGAAAUCUCAACCGGUUUUGUUAAACACAAACUGAUCAUUCUGUUGUAUAAAUGCAAAAAGGUUAAUUGUACCUUCUGUCAUCUAGUAUAUCUUUCUGGCACAGAUAGAUGAACAAAGACAUGUUAUUUGUCAUACAUAAAUAAUAACAUUCAGACCAAUUAAGUCAAAUUGGAUAGUUUCCCGUAAACACCGCAACUAUUCGGAAUGAACAUUUUAAGAUAAAUCUUGGCGAACAAACGACAGCUUUGUGAUUGGAGCAGCAGCAAGAAUCCGAACGAAACAUGUUAGAGCCGCGUAGCGCGGCGCAAGCUUGUCGAGGCUACAAAAAUAAAAUAAGGAAAUCAUUUUUUAAAAACCGGCGGCUUCAAACGUUUCAGCCAGAAGCUGGUCAUGACUUUGAGGUGCACUGAAAAGACUCAUGAGAUCAUUCCGGAAUUCGGGCCACAAAAAAAUGCGAAAGCACAAUGCGGGAGGGACGGGGGCACAAGAUGGCGGAGGCGAGCGGAUGUUUUUGUCUUUUCGCGAAAGGGGAGUGGGUGGGGGGUGCGGACCUGUAAGGUUUGCCGACAUGUACUCAUCAUAGUGGAGCAAAUGUAGCUGACACGUGCGCUAGCUUAGCUUAGCAUCUUCCUACACACAAACACACACAGACUUCCUGUUGCUGACCCUCCCCCCACCCGCUAUAUCCAAAGUUUUGUACAAAUGUUCUAAAAGUGAAUUAUUCCCUUUUGAUUUUAUAAUCGUAAAUGUUAUGUUUUUAUAAAUAUUAUUUAUUAUACAAUGUAUAUAUCUGUAUGACUGAACCAAGAUUAUAUAUUUGAACGACGACAAUGUCUCGGCUCUUUUGCUUCAG